AAUUAGAGAACUGAGAUGUCCUUCAAGACGGCUGAGCUCGAUCGUUUUCCGGGUUGGAGGAUGGAGGAUGGAGGAGACGAGGAGGGAUAUUGAGAAGCACCCAUGGAGAGGAGGAGCACUGAAUUAAAACUCUUCCCUAUAUUCAAUAUUCCGUUUCACUUUGAAAUACGUCACAACACUGAAGAAAAGUCGUUUGCAACUUCCGGUUCACGCGGACUUUAAUAUCUGAUAGAAAUGCAAAAUCAAUCGGUAGUUAUUAAUAGAAUAAAGACACACAAACCUUUACAUUCAGUCGCGUUUGGUCCCAUUUAUUUUUGAUCACAGUGCAUACACAUACAAACUUUUAGUCCAAAAGUAUGCACAUUUGGAGAAAUGCAGCUUUAUAUAGAAUAUAAGCUGUGCCGGACGAAGACAGCGCGCUUCCGGCCGCCUCUCAGCGCAUCUCCUGCCGCCAUCCGGCGCCGUUUAAGGAGCAUUUCCCAUGGCUUAACGCCGCUUUCUAAAAGAGCUUUCCCAGCGGCUCUCGCUGCUCUAAAAGAGCUCAAUCGCCGUUUUCACGGCGGCGGCGUUGCCUCAGUACCGCACCACAGCUGUGGCACAUGCAGUGCCCCUCGCUCCGCGGAUCUUCGCUCUCUAGCAGCUGUUCACCGCGCCGCCCUCGUGCCGCCCUCAGCAUCUGAAAGCAUUCAGCUCAUCCCCUGCUGUCUUCCGUCAGGGCCUGAGCACCCAGAAUGCGUUCAUCGUUCACUCCGGCGCCGUCACACCAGGGACCUUGGGUUCUUCAGCUGCGGAAGGCACGAGCCAGGCCUCGGACCAGGACCUCUCCCCCUCCGCUGCCCCCGGUCUUUGAAGUCUCGACGAGGAACAGCUUCUCCCAUCUUUGCAAGGCGGAAUGCGACGCCGUGGUCAUCAGAGACUCUAUCGUCCGUCACGUCCACCCUACCACAACCAAAGGCGGGGGUGAAUGACACCAGGCUGCGGCAGACGGAGGUGAUAGAGACGGUACGAGCCACAUCACCCACGACGAGGAUCAUCGUGUCCGGAUUGCUUCCGACAUACCGACGUGGACAUAAAAGGCUCUUCCGUGCUGAUGGCCUGCACCCCAGCAGAAUCAGAGCUGAUCUUCUGUCGUAUAUCCAAGAUGCUUCGCACCAUAUGACUAAGAGUACAUCAGCUUCAGUUUGGAUCCAGCCUCUUAAGAAGACCUCAGAUGACCAACAUCUUUAA